ACCAUGGGGAAAGGCGGGGAGCAAGGUGAAGAAUGCGGCGAACGGGAGGCGCCGAUUCCCGCGUACACCUGGGAGGAGAUCCAAAAGCACAACCUGCGCACGGACAAGUGGUUGGUGAUCGAGCGAAAGGUGUACAAUAUCACCCAGUGGGUUAAAAGGCACCCGGGGGGAAUCCGCGUGAUCAGUCACUACGCCGGCGAAGAUGCCACGGAUGCAUUUCGGGCCUUUCAUCCAGAUAUCACCUUUGUAAAGAAGUUUCUUAAGCCAUUAUUAAUCGGAGAACUUGCUCCAGGAGAACCCAGCCAAGAUAGAGGAAAGAAUCCUCAGCUAGUAGAAGAUUUUCGUGCCCUGAGAAAGACAGCAGAGGACAUGAAGCUAUUCAAAUCCAAUCCUAUAUUUUUCUCCCUUUAUUUGAUUCACAUCAUUGUGAUGGAAGUUUUGGCUUGGUUAAUGGUAUCAUAUUGUGGGACAAGUUGGAGCAUAACCUUUGUCCUUUCCAUCAUCCUCACAGUCUCUCAGGCCCAGGCUGGGUGGUUGCAGCAUGACUUUGGACAUCUCUCUGUAUUUCAGAAGUCUGUAUGGAACCAUAUAGUUCAUAAGUUUGUGAUUGGUCACUUGAAGGGUGCUUCAGCAAAUUGGUGGAAUCACCGGCACUUUCAGCACCAUGCAAAGCCAAACAUCUUUAAGAAAGACCCAGAUGUGAACAUGCUGCAUCUCUUUGUCUUGGGAGAUACCCAACCUGUGGAGUAUGGAAAGAAGAAGCUGAAAUACUUCCCUUAUAAUCAUCAACAUGAAUACUUUUUUUUGAUUUUCCCACCUCUCCUUAUUCCAGUCUAUUUCCAAAUGCAAAUCUUCACAACAAUGUUCAAACACAAGUUCUGGGUGGACCUGGCAUGGGCCUUCAGCUACUAUGUACGCUACUUUAUCACCUACAUCCCAUUUUAUGGAUUUCUUGGGUCCCUGCUUCUCCUCACCUUUGUCAGGUUUAUGGAAAGCCAUUGGUUUGUUUGGGUUACUCAGAUGAAUCAUAUUCCAAUGGAAAUCGACAGAGAGAAGCACAGAGACUGGCUCAGCUCCCAGCUGGUAGCUACUUGCAAUAUUGAGCAGUCUUUUUUCAAUGACUGGUUCAGUGGACAUCUGAACUUUCAAAUAGAGCACCACUUGUUUCCCACAAUGCCACGCCACAACUACCACAAGAUAGCACCGUUGGUAAAGUCCCUGUGUGCCAAGUAUGAAGUUCCUUAUGAAGAAAAACCUCUUCUGAGAGCAUUUGCAGACAUUGUUGGAUCCCUAAAGAAAUCUGGAGCGCUGUGGUUGGAUGCUUACCUCCAUAAAUGAAGCUGGAUUUUGGUGAAGAGAAUGACUUAGCAAAGGGGAGGGCUGGGGAAAGGGGUAAUGUGUAUUCUUCUUGUCUGAUUUCAGUCUGUAUGUGUACACACAUUUGGAAAGAAGUUUCCUGUACUGUAUUGUCAAACUGAAGUUGAGGCAGAUUGAGGGAACCUAUUUUAAAUCAGAAGGCAUUUUAGAUGUGUCAGAUACUGGGGGGGAAAAAGAGAGAGAAAAGAUUCAACAAAGGGUAGCUCAGAAGGUUAGGACCUUUUAAAGAGAACAGAUAAAGGUGUGAAAGAAGGAGCAAAUUGAUCUUUGAAUCUUCUCCUAAGUCUUGCUGUUGUAGUUCCAGCUUUGUCUCUUAUCCCAGGGAUAUUCAAAUUUCUUCAGGAUUGGAACCUUCAAUUGAAAACAAAAAUUAAGAACCCAAUUAAAUUUAUACAAAGCAAUGAUUCAUCAUUAAUACAAACAUCCUCCCCAACUGGGUUGGAGUUUUUGAAUGUCAGCCAAACAGCCCCACCCUUUCCAUUGUAUCAUGGAAAAAUUGCUGCAGGCAGGUUUAAGUGGAUCUUUUUCUUGCUCUUAGUCUCUUGUGAAACUCCAGGGUUCUAUAAAACACAGGUUGAAGAAAGCUACAGAGGUGAUUGGGUUACAUAGAGUCCAGCUAUCCAUUGGAUCUACAUUAAAUACAGGAAGCUUAAUUGGUUCCUUCAAAGAAUCAACUGUAAACAAACACAUUUAAGGAUUUAUCCUCCUGAAUAAUGGUCAUACAAAAGAGGAGGAAAGGGUGAGAUACAUUUAAUUCAGAGAAUAAUAUCUAAAAUAUCAGGUAAAACAAUUUGCAUUCCAUCUAGGGGAACAAAUCCCAGAUAUUGAUUUUUUAAAUUUGAUUUAAGAUCAAGUAACUAAGUAUUAUCAGACAUCUAAUAGAACAGUUCUCCUUUUCCAAAAUCAUCAGGUGAAAAUGCUUAAAUUCUGUUUUUAAAAAAUCAAAUAAGAAGCAUUGUCUCUCGUCAAAUGAAGCUUCUGUUCUCAGUUUCCAACACACACACACACACACACAGAGAGAGAGAGAGAGAGAGAGAGAGAAUCAGAGCUGCAAAAUGUUUUCUCUGAAUUUUGAUAAAAACUUGCUGGGGAUUUGCAUAUGCAUAUGUUUCUUGAAUUUUCCCCACCUCUUGUCAUGCUGUUUGAAGAAAAUUUAAUGUGAUUCACUUACACUGAGCCUCCUGAAGGUUAGUUCCAAUUCUCUCUUCAAUGAACAUUACAAAUGCCUGUUUGCACUGGAUCAACCAGCCUAAACCAACUUUUGGCCAUGUGUGUAUUCCUAACUAAAUAAGAGAUACUGUGUGCAUAUGAAUGUGCAUGCAUGGUUCACCAGCCAUUGCUGUAGACAGACAGCUGCACUUUAACAGAAUGGAUUUUAGAAUAAGCAAACAGGAAAGUCUAUUAUCAUUCUCCAUGCCUAAACAGCCGAUCAGUAACAACAAUGGGCUGUACAUUUACAUUUUUACACUAGGACCAGCAAGAUUGUUUUCUGCAUCAUUGCUUGGUUCAGUCACAAUUUUUACAAGAGCUGACAUAAAACAGAAUCAUGCUUGCUUUAAACAGAAACUUUUAAAGAUUUGUUUCAGGUUCCAUGUAAUUCUUAAUUACUACUGUAUAUACAAUUGCAAUCAAAAUCACUGGCAUUUUUUCCUCUUAAUUAGUCUCAUCUAUUCUACAAUAUCUAAUUCAUUGAGGAAUAGAUUUUUUUAAAAAAAACCAUUUACAGUGUAUGGCCAAUGUUUUAAAAGGUCCAAAAGUAGGCAAACUUUGUCAGACAGUGUGAUAUGUGGAUAUUGCCUUAAAUCUGAUUACAGUCACCUGGUCUAUUUUCCAAAAUCAAACUAAUGCAAGCUCUCUCUAGUUUUAUUCCUGAUGUGGAAUUUCAGAGGCCUUUUAAGAAUUACUUUAAUUACUUACAAUUCAUGUCAAUAUUUUGUCUUAUAUAUUGAGAGGACACUUGACUUUGUUUUCUGUGGUUGUAUAGAUAAUUUCCUCUGUUAGUUUCGCUAAUUAAAAGCAUCCAUAUAUUUUCAAGUUUUCCAAAAAGUAAAAACUAAUAAUUUAAUUAUGUAGUUUUUGACCAUAUGUGAAAUUGUCCUAGGGAAGCUGGCAUCUAGUUAGUCUUAGACAGUUAGGGUAAUUUGAUCAGCCCUGUCAAACUCAUUGUGUAUCUGCAUUGGAAAUAGUUGCCCUGGAUAACAUGCAAUAUAGGUUUCUUGUGAUUAAAACAGAACAUAAUUAUCUACCCAUAUAUACCACACUGAGCUUCUGAAGAAAAGCUUGUUUAA